AUGACCCACUGGAUUUUGGCCCGCAGACGGUUUUCUAGUUGGUGGACUUCCCUCGUGAGUGUUGUUACCUCAACAUUUGCCAUGAGUUGUUCAUAUAUCCGAUGGCGGUUUUGGAUUUCAGUAAUCAGCUAUUAAUUUUCCCAGAACGAAAGCUUUUUAAAAAACAUUAAAUACAGCCGUUCCAGAUAUAUUUUAUAUCCCGAUUAAAAUGCGUGAUUUUUAAUCGGAUUUUUAUGCAUUACCGCAAACGAUGCAUAUAGCCAAACCCAUGGAAUCUGAAUCAGUUUUGAAUCCUCUUUCGAAUGGAAUUGUGUGUUUUUUAUUCGAUUAUCAAGCGAGGGCUAGAAAAAUGAUUGACUGAUUAUAUAGACCGAUCGGGCUAAUUGAUGCUCGGACCAUCGAGUGUGAUAACGUUGUUAUCACCUUCUUGUUCUUCGAUUUCAAAAGUCUUGAUCUUCGCAUGCGCUUCGCCAUCAACAUGGGU